GUUACCUAUUACCCUGGUUCUUAACUUUGUAUCAUACCAGUAUCCCUUCCAAAAGAUAACUUGCUUCUAUGACAAAAUAAGAUGGUGCUGUUAAUGUUUUUAGAGCUGUGUGGUUGUUACUCUUGGCAUGGCAGUCAGACUUCCUCUUUUUUUCUUUCUCUCUUUAUUACAUUUUGUGAGUCUGUAUUUAAACAAGAUAACAGGCCUCCAGUAAACUUAUGGGUUAACAGAGAUGAUGGGAAAUGCCCAUCUUUUACUGUGAAUGUAGGGUGAAAUUCACAGCGUCUGCAUAAAGUGCUCCAAACUUGUGCUUUAUGUGAGCAGUUCAUGGGGAAAAAAAUGGACUUAUCCCAUGCUGUGCACUGCAGAUCUCUCCAUGCAGCUGUUAUUCCAGCUGUCUGUUCCAGGUUUGUCAGGUAGUAGGUCCACUGCAAUCUCAUAAACCUGGUUUUCCAGCUCACUUCUGUUGUGGCCAUCAUAGCAGUCUAAGUGGGAUUACUUUGAAAAAGUGUUGUAGGUGUGCAGAUGUCCCAGGCCAGGCGGCUGCUCCAGUAGUAGAACCCUCUGUGUGGAGUGUGAAUGGCUGUGGAGGAUGUCAGGCUAGCUCUCUGGACUAAGCAAGGAAGAGAGGAAUAAUGUUCACGGAGAGUCAUCAAGCUGAACAAGGGACAUUGGGGGUGGGGGAGCCAAGGGAUCCAUGCGUAGCAACAACAAAAGUAUAGGGGGGUGUUGAGGAACAGACCAGCAAACUCUUGGUGAGAGAUUUAAUUCUUCCAGGACAAAUUGGAUUUCUCCUUCCCAGAGGUUAAAAAAGAAUCAAAAGUCUCCUGAAAGAGUAGUGUUAGAGUAGUGCUGUAGCCAUGAUGGUCCAGGAAUUAUGUGAGAGCCAAAGAUUUAUUUUUUAGUUGACCAGUUGCAUAGUUGGAAUAAAGAUAGACAAGCUUUCAAAUGCAGGACAUUUUUCUUCAAGAUAUUGCUCCCAAAAAAUUCUUGCCUGAGAGAGGAGAUCAGUCUUGAUACAACAGAUAUUGUGUUCAGUAGUGUCUACUGCUGGCAGAUUGCAAGCACAGUUCUUGGGUUCUUUGUACUAAAACAGGAGAAUAAAGACUAAAGAAAAAGGCUUUCAAAGCCAUGCCACCAUGUGAUGCUUCCUAAGAAUCCCAUGCUAAGACAAGCUCUUUUUCUUAGCAACAGUAAGCUUUAUUUUUUUUAAUUCAGACUUUUCUUUAGUUCACUUUUUUUGCUCAUCUGAAGGGAGAUAGAAAUUAAUCAUAUAUCAUGUCCACAUUUAAGUCAAAGCUUGAAAGCAAAGCUGCAGUCCCAACUAGCUUUAAGCUUGGUACCAGCAGCAGUGUAGCCAUAGCUGCACAGAGCUCAGCAUGGGCUAGCCACACACAUUUUUAUGCAGGGUCCCUGGUGAGUUUGGCAGCCUGCACUGAAUUUGGGUGUUACUGUUAGCACCUGAGCUAUGUUGUUUAAAGCACUGUUGGGUAUGCCUCCACAAACUACAGCCACACCUUUCAUUACAGUACACUUCCCCUUAGGAUUACUGUUCAUCAGCCGGCUUGAGCCUGCUACCAAACAGUAGCACAGGUAGCGCACCACAUGCUACCUGUAAGAAAGAAUGUUGUGUGUCUUUCCUCAUUAGGAAAAGGUUUGAGACAACUGUAUUGGACCAGAUCUUGGUACACCCUCCAGUACAUUAGAUGUUGGACUGCUUUUGAUGUGCUAAAUGACAUUUUUGUCAUUUGCAGCAGGUAUCACCAAACUAAAUCCCUUGAGCCAAAACCACCUACUAAAAGGUAGGAUCCAGCCUGCAGAGGUCUGACCAAGCCUGGGGGAGUACAGAGGACUGUGUGGUGCGCAGUGGCUGGUCACCUCUACAGUGUCCUCCUCCACAGCCCUCCCUGCUGCUCUCUGUAUCUGCACUAACUCUCUCUGCAGAGGGCCAGUGUGAAGAAUUGGCUCAUAAGUGACUGAAUGCAGAAAAAAGGAAACCCAAGAGGAAAUCUGCUCCGUAACACCCCUUGAGAAUCUUUCAACAACUUGCAACAUCAGGCAGCUUUUUUCCAAGCAUUAUCAUUUUGUCACCUAAAACCUGAUAUUAGCAGUGAAGUAGAUGGCUCAGCUUCCCCCUGGAAUUCAUUUUAUCACUUUAUUCACAAGAGAUCAGCGGUACCGGGCCUUCAUUUUUGUUCUGACCUUUUUGUUGUAUGCCAGCUUCCAUUUAUCAAGGAAACCUAUUAGUAUAGUUAAGGGAGAACUACAUAAGCACUGUGCUGCUUCAACUGAAGUUGAACUCCACUCCUACAAAGAAUAUGCUACCCAGAGUCAGCCUGCUAAAAAGUUACCUAACAAGUCUCAAUGUGGUUGGGAGCCAUUUGAUAAGAACAACUACAAGCAACUACUGGGAGCACUGGAUUAUUCAUUUCUAUGUGCUUAUGCAAUUGGAAUGUAUUUAAGUGGCAUUAUAGGUGAGCGACUGCCCAUCCGGUACUACUUGACAGCUGGAAUGCUUGCCAGUGGACUCUUCACUGCAAUGUUUGGCUUUGGCUAUUUCUAUAAUGUACAUAACCUAUGGUUCUACUUGCUGGCUCAGAUUGCUAAUGGAUUGGUGCAGACUACUGGCUGGCCUAGUGUAGUUACCUGUAUUGGCAACUGGUUUGGAAAAGGAAGGAGAGGUUUCAUCAUGGGAAUCUGGAAUUCUCACACUUCAGUGGGAAACAUCUUGGGAUCACUAAUUGCUGCUUAUUGGGUAUCUUCCUGCUGGGGUCUGUCUUUUGUGGUUCCUGGUGUUAUAAUCGCUUUGAUGGGGAUUGUUUGUUUUCUCUUUCUCAUCGAACAUCCUAAAGACAUCAAAUGUUCUUGCACACCGCCCAGUAGCUCAAGGACUUACAUGAAUGGUACAAAUAGAUUCAGAGUCCAGAAACCAAACUUAAGUACUAAGGAAACUAGCCAAUCUCAGGCUCCAGAGAUGCAGCAGUUACUUUCUGACAAUGAAAACUGUGCAGCGUCAUUAAACAUUAACAUGCCAGUCAGUGAAGAAAAUAGAAAUGGAACAUCACCUAUAAGCUUCCUUGGUGCCUUGCGAAUACCUGGAGUCAUAGAAUUUUCCUUGUGUUUGUUAUUUGCUAAAUUGGUCAGUUACACUUUCCUUUUCUGGCUUCCCCUCUAUAUCACAAAUGUAGAGCACCUUGAUGCCAAAAGAGCUGGGGAUCUUUCUACACUGUUUGAUGUGGGGGGAAUCUUUGGUGGAAUUUUGGCAGGCAUCAUUUCAGAUAGAUUAGAAAAAAGGGCUUCGACCUGUGGCAUGAUGUUAUUCCUAGCCGCACCCACAUUGUACAUGUUCUCUGCAGUCAGUAAAAUGGGCCUCGAGGCCACCAUAGUCAUGCUACUCAUCAGCGGAGCCCUAGUGAAUGGCCCCUAUGCACUGAUUACAACCGCAGUCUCGGCUGACUUGGGCACCCACAAAAGUCUGAAAGGGAAUGCAAGGGCCCUGUCCACAGUGACAGCUAUCAUCGAUGGAACUGGUUCUGUAGGUGCUGCUCUAGGACCUUUGUUAGCUGGUCUCAUUUCUCCUUCUGGCUGGAACAAUGUAUUUUACAUGCUUAUGGUGGCAGAUGCAUGUGCCUUACUGUUCUUAGUCCGUCUUAUACGGAAGGAGCUCGGAUGUAGAAUGGAUCAUACCUUGUUUAAAGAACACUAAGCAAUGAUAUCUUGGACUUGGAAUAAGGUCUGUGCGAGUGAUCAGAACUCCUCCCUCAAAGACUUUUCAGAAUAACUUAUUCAAUAUUUAAGAGAUUGUUUUCAUGAAGGAUUUUGUACUCUUGCCAGAAGACGAUUUAGAAAUUAACUAGUGAAUUUCUGAUGAAGUUUUUUCUUCUUUUUUGCACAUGCAUCAAUACCUCAGCAUGUUGACUGUUUUAUGAACUGGAAAGAGACAGAAGCUUUGGGAAGCUGCUACAAGUAUGCCUUAACUGAGCCAGAAAGAAAUACCAAGUGCCUUUGGAUUCAUUUGGAUAGGAUAUUUCAAUUAAACAUUUAAACUGCAUUUUUGAUCAAAAAACAAAGAGAUCUGAGAACAGAGCGUGAAGAAAAUAAGCUCUUCAGCUACUCCAGCAGUGGACUCUGCCAGUAUUGUUAACAAAACAUUAGUGAUCAAAGUUUCCUUCAUGUCAUCUCUUAAGAGACAAGAUCCUAAUACUAUAUGUGGAUUUUCCAGCUGGCUACAAUUCACUGCUAUUCAAUAUUCUGAAACUGUUCAACAGAAUAAUACCAGAGCCAGACCAUAUUGCUAUGGUUUAACUUCAUCACUAACUUAAUCCUGUACAGUAGGAUCCCAAAGGCAACAUUCAGCUAUUUUAUGUGUAACAUAAUGAAACGUACACCUAAGUACUAAGUUGGGUGCCUCUACUGACCUCUGGCUAGAUAUUAUUGCUCGAUUGGGAUUGUCUGA